AUGGGCAGUAACGAUCCACUCCUCCGCAUGCCCCAGAUCUGUCUGGAGACAUCGAGAAAAGCCGGCAUGCCAUCUCCAGCAACCAGCGCAUCUUAUGAAGAUAGGAAGCGCAGCGAGAUUGCCUUUUCCUCGGCCUUCGUCCGCUAUUUAGGAGGAGAGCACGUACUCCCAUACUUUUUGAAGUCCAUGUGCCCGCACCCAGUUCUGGUUCCCAAUACAUUCAUGGCAUCACUGAAGGAGUUUCAUGUGGCACUUUCGGCUGCCUUGACGAAUAUUGUGCAAAGAUGGGUUGUGGAUGAAAAGGCGGACUUACCAUCGCGGAUGCCGCUGGAAAGACAGGAGGAGGACUUGCUAAAGUGGAUACACGAAAUCACCGAAGAUGAAUUAUUCCCUGCGUAUGACGGUCAUCAAGGCAAUUGGCGACCCGACUUCUUACUUCCAGCCAACGAAGCAGACGGGUUCAAGGUCUGCGAAAUCAAUGCUCGGUUCCCGUCUAACGGCUUGGACUUGAACGCGCGGGUGUAUAAGGCCUUAGCCAACUCGGAAACCAAGCCCCCUGAUCUUGAUGUGGCAGGAGACCCGGGCCGCAUGAUGGCCAGUCUUAAAGCUCUUUUUCAUCCAGGAUGGCCUCUUCGAUUUGUCCACAAUCGAGAGAACAAUCCGUUGAUCGAGGCCUUGAUGAGAGAUCUAGGGGAUAUGAAGCCGCGCCUACUGACGCCUGAUGAUCUACAUCUUGUGGCUGACGAGACUUCACCGACUGGGUAUAAACUCCAGUGCGUGAGAGAGUCAGCCUCGCCUGCCGACGAUCAAGAUGGUAACUUGGAGGAUGUUCACCAGAUAGCGCUCCGGCUUUUUCUUGACGAGUUCGCCUCACUUAGUCCCGAGAUGCAGCGGCAAUUGGCGUUCCACAGCAACAAUGACAUCCGGUCCAUACUUUUGAUCCACGACAAGCGAAUCCUAGGGAUCCUGCACCAGGAGUUAAACGAUCUAGUCUCCAAACACCAUGUCUUGACCCAAAGGCAGGCUGACCUGCUCCGGAAGCGAGUCGUCUCCACCAUCAUACCUGGGUCAAAAGAGCUAGAACAACUCACUGACUCGUAUUAUCGAGGCAAUGUAUCCAAGGACGACUUCAUUUUGAAACCCAUUCGGUCAGGUCGGGGAGAAGGAAUUGUCCUCGGCCAAGAACUGAGCACUUUCGAGUGGGAGGCGAUCCUCGCCGACAUGAAGAACGCCGCGCUGACCCCUUAUCGCACGGUGUACAUAAUCCAGCCAUUGGUGGAACAGGCUGAAGGGGAUAUGUUCUUAGAUGAGGAAAUUGGGGUCCAGCGAACUCGUCGAGUGGGCACGUACCACAGCAUGCAUGGAGAGUUUGUGUCAUUAGGGGUGUGGAGAGUUGGGCUCUCGACUAAUCGAACCACCAAUAUGACCACGGGCGAUGCUUGGAAAAUGGGUAGUAUGGUGAUGAAGAUGAACUAG